UGGUUGUGCCACAUAUGGAACAUUAUAGUGUAUACUAUAACAAUCAAGAAUCGCUGUCAAGAAUAUGCGGAUUUACAGUAUUUUUGUUUUUUCAGACAUGGAGGAAGAUGACAGCUGGCUGCUGAGUGAUGGUGAAAUAGUCGACGCUCUCUUCCCUCCGUCUGACCUUAGUGAAGACUGUGAUGAUCUGGAUGCCGACCCAGACUACUGUCCUGAGGAUGAGGAUGACAUUGAUCCUGUCAGAAGUAAAAAGUCUACUCAGCCAUUAUUUUUAAAAUGUCGGUACGCGAUAGCUGAGGGUCCCCAAACAGUACGCGUCAUCCACCCGACCCCGGACCAGGCCCCACAAAUGUACUUGCUCCAAGACCCGCCUCCUCAGGCCCAGGCUCGUCAACCCAAACAUUUCCAACAGCUUAUUGUAUGGAACUAA